AUCUCUUUACGCUCAUAGUAAAAUACCUAAACAUUUGACAUCUACUUUUUACUUAUUCCUGUCCCGCUCACUCAUGCAGGGGAUUAUUGUUAGUGGAAUGCGCGCGUCGGCUAGUCUCACUACACGAGGCAUUAAGGCGGAAUAUCUUAUUAGGCGGCACAUGAUAGCACUCUGUUGCUAUCGAAAUAGAGUUGAUUUUAACGUGCUUAGUCGAAGUAAUUUUUCUUCUAACAUGUCGACAGUGUUACGAGACUAUCCAUAGUGACUACCUACUUUGUAAGAGUACAAUCAUAAAUCUUGUUUAUAAUCAGGAAUAAUUAUGUGUCUAAAUAAGGAUUUAAACAUGUCAAAAAAUUGGUAAAUUUACAAAAAAAAAUAUGGUCCUUAUUGAAUUUUUUGAAACUCAAAAACAGGCUCAUAGUUUAGCAGCAAGUUAUGAAAAGUCCUUGAGAACUAGUCUCGUAAGGAGUGCGGCUACGUCAUCGACGGUAUUUUUGUAGGUAUGUAUACCACUAGCUUUGGCCUGAUUGGCCAACAAAGCCUUGUCGGCAGCCAUUUUGUUCAAUGCUGAGUCACCAAAAGGUGAAAAAUAUACAUGAACCGCACUCCCCACGAGACUAUACAACGGUAUUGGGCAUUUCCCUCGUGAACACAAAAUUUGGGAUUCAUGUUCCCGCAAACUAUGCGUGAGGAUAGGAGAUAUUUCUUUAAAAUUUUCCUGAAGAGUUUUCUUCAAUUCUGAAAAAGUUUUGACGAAUAAUAAUAUAAAUAACUGGGAAGUUUCAAAAAGUUAUACAAACAACAAGACGGAAGUUUGUUUUCCACCUUAUCCUUAGUCGCCGCAGGUCGUCGCCGGCAUACACACGUUUGGGCGUAAUUGAAUUUCCGAAAAAAAAUUGUGUUGAAUAAACAACGAUCGCAUAUUUUGUUAAAGAAUUGAAACAAUUACCUGUCAAGAUUUCAGUGCAGUUGUUACGGAGUGCAGUGCUAGUGUUUACGUAGCUUUCAGAAGCUAAUGUCACAAACGGACAUAUGAUGUAGUCGUGCCUAUCUCCUGGAUCUUAUGGACUUGUUGAGUACAGUGGCUUAAGAAAACUCAAACAUGACGGAAACUACGAUAGUGAAGGUGAAAACCGAGCGGCCUGAUGAGGCGGAGAUCAGGGAAUUGGCUGCUAAGAUGGUGGAGGCCAAUAAAGCGAAGGCAAUAGCAGCUUCUGCAGCGGUGCCUCGGCCUCCAGGUUUGGCGGGAGCGGCACCUGUUGGCCCUGGAGGUCAGAUGGGCAUCCUGAAUUAUUUAAACCGAAAGAAUGGUGUAUCAAUCGAGGUGCAGAGGCCCACUUCUGAUGAAAAGAAGACGCCGGCCCCAGAUGAAGCCAGUUAUAAAGGUCAUUUCGGCUGGGAUAUGCUCGGCAAAUGUCAUAUACCUUACAUCUAUCGUUCCGGCGAAAAGUAUGUUGCGGUUCGCAUGGUGGAGAUAAAGCUUCUCAACAAGUAUUUGAACUAUCUACACGCGGACAUUUACUCCUGUACAUGUAUCAGGAGCUAUUAUAUUACGGAAGUGGAAGCGCGGCUUCUCAACGAGAUAAACACGCGACAUUGUGACGGUCAGUUUGGUCGUGAUGCCUUCACUCAGAAGGAUUUAGUGGUGAGACUCUCGGAUGCUUACGAGUUCUAUAAUUUCUUGGACGUUUGUUACAACAAAUUGUUACGUGGUACGACCAAUAAUAAGGACAAGUGUGGCUUCAUUAGGAUAAACAAGGAGUCUGUAGUGCCGUACACAGUGCGUGAUAAUCAAAAGUUUGUUCCAUUAUUUUAUUUUGAAGGUGAGACGGACAACUUAAAGUUGAAGGCGGAUCAGCUGAAAGGCUGGGACCUGUCGUAUUUGAAGUUCUGCUGUAAAGUGCAAGGAAUACGGAAUGAACUGUUUGCCAGCGAAACUUGUUCAGUGAUAAGUUUGUCGGACAUUAAGAGCUACUUCCCGCCAGGAACGGAGUUCGAGGAGUACUGGCCCAACAAAGUGGUGGAGUCGCAGCUACUAAUAUCAGCCAAAGGGUCGGCAUCAGGCGGUGGGCAAUGGACACGCGCGCCGCCCGCCCCGCCGCCGGGCACGAGCAGUGCGCACGCGGCGAGCAGUGCGAGCGCAGCGGCGGCGAUGGGCGGGGCGCGCGGCCGCCGACCUGCGACGCGGCAUUCGCCCGCAGCCGCGGCGGCAGCGCUACAAAUACCGCACGGUGGACUUACCGCAGCUGCUGUUCAAGCACUCGCCAACAACUGGAAUCUGCCCGGCGCGCUCUCGCAGGCGCAAACGCAGCAGGUGCUGCGGCUCGCACAGGCGCAAGUGGCGGCGCAAGCGCAGGCGGCAGCGCGCUAUAACCUGGCGGCCAGCAUGCCGCAACACCGCUCGCAGCAUCAACGGAACGUGCAGUUUCCGAACAGUUCAAUAACAAUGGCGAUGGCGCAGCAGCCGCCCCCACCUCUGGUGCGGAGCACUGCGAACACCAACACCAUGAAUGUUCCACCUCAAGUCACAACCGGGACAAUGAAUGGCCACUCAACCUCUCUGUCCGUGGAGCCGCGCAAACGGCUUACCCCUAUAGCAGACAUCAAUACAAAUGGCAACCAUACGCCGUAUAAGAUCAAGUACAUGUUGCGGUCUGGCAUGGCGCUGGAAGAGCACGUGCAGCAGCAGACCCCGAGACCGGCCCAUGCACACCCACAACAUGCUAAGCGAGCACGUGCCAACUAA